GAGGCGAACCCAAAGGCAAGCACCGUCGUCUCCGGCGAAGCACCGUCGUCGCCAUGGGGAAGAGGAGGGGCAAGGCCCUGAUCCCGCACUCCCACACCCUCCCUUCCUCGCCGUCCCACUCCUUCUCUUCUUCUUCCUCCUCCUCCUCCUCCUCCGACUUCGAGUUCACCAUCUCCGUCUCCCCGCUCAACAAGUCCUCCUCCGCCCUCUGCGUCGCCGACGAGCUCUUCUACAAGGGCCAGCUCCUCCCCCUCCAGCUCUCCCCCCGCCUCUCCAUGGUCCGCACCCUCCUCGCCUCCUCCUCCUCCGCAUCCGCCACGUCCGACUCCGCCACCACCUCCUCCCGCGACUCCUCCGGCAGCUCCACCGACUCCCAGUACUCCUCCUUCUCCUCCUCCUCCGCCGCCGCCGCCGCCGCCGCCUGCGACUGCGACUCCUCCCGCCCCAGCUCCGUCACCGAGGACGACGAGUUCCGCCGCCUCCACUGCGGACCGGGCGGGGGCGGGGGCGGCAAUCCGGGGGCGCAGAUCAGGAAGGGCAAGUACUUCCUCGCGAGGUUCUCGUCGGUGUUCAGGAAGGAGCACGGCAAGGGCCGCGAGGCUCACUACGGCGUGUCCGCACCGUCGUCGUCUUCAUCCUCGUCGGUGAAGAAGCGAGUGAGCGCGACGGCGAAGGAGGUGAUACGGAAGUACUUGAAGAAGGUGAAGCCGCUGUACGAGAAGCUCUCGCAGAAGCAGCAGCAGCAAAGCCAGCAGAAAUCGGAGAUCUCUCCGCCUCCAGCGAAGACGAGCCCGAGAAGCAGCUUUUCUCAGCCGUUGAAGACGGAGAGGACGGUGCGGGAGAUCAUGCUCUCCUCGGGUAAGAGCGCGAGGAAGGACGGCAACGGCGGCGCGUUCUCGAACUCCUUCUCCGGCAACCUGAGGUACCCGAGGAGGAGGACCUGCGCGUCCAGCUGCCCCUCGUCGAUGCGGUCGUCGCCAAGCCACUCCGGCGUGCUCCGCCGGAGCGGAGGCGGAGGCGGCGGCGGCGGCAGCAGCAGCAGCUCGGAGGCCUCGUCAAUGGAGGAGCUGCAGAGCGCGAUCCAGGGCGCGAUCGCUCACUGCAAGAGCUCCAUGCUGCAGAACAACUACAAGGUCAUGAUCAGCAACGAAAUCUGAACCCACACCCCCCCAAAGAACCCGAAAGACGAAGAAGAAGACGGGGUCCAUCACGAAGCCGCUCCAAUGGCGGUUGCUGCUUCAUCUUUUUCAUGUGGGUGCCGCUCUUUCUUCCCUCUCUUUCUCUCUCUCUCUCUCUCUCUAGGAUGCUGACUUGGAAGUUGUUAACGGAAAGUGCUGCAACUUUCUCUCUUU